AUGCGCGGCUCAAUCACUCAUACGUUGAUCGCGGGCCUGCCGCUCGCCAAUGCGGUCAUGGACGGCGUCUUUGUGCUACCGCUCACACGCAUCAAGGGGCAUAGCGCCUACGGCAUCCAAGUCGACGUGGGCACGCCGCCGCAGCGAAAUGUCAUGUUUAUCGACACGGGCUCUGCCACCACGGGCGUGGAAGAUCCCAAUAGCAGAGCAUGCAAAAUGGGAUCUUGCCGAGACUACAGCUUCUAUGACAACACCACUUCGUCCACCUCCGUCUGGAUCAACGACAAGUACUCUGACCAGGUCGGCGACCACGGCUACGGCUCCUACAUCAACGACACAGUGACCUUGGGUGGGCACACCGUCUCCAACAUCACCUUUGGCACACUGUCGUCUUUUGACGGCUUUGACCAGUCGCAACCGCAAGCUGGCAUUUUCGGCCUCGGCGCCGUGUGCCGUGAGCCUGACUGUCGCCAAUACCCGACGACGCUGCAGCAGAUCGCAGACCGCGGGCUUAUCUCGCAUCGCGUUUUUAGCAUGUACCUAGGCCCGAACGUACUCAACGCUACCGGGGAACUUCUUUUUGGUGGGGUGGACAGGGCAAAGCAGGACGGCGUGGUACAUACCCUCCCGAUGAGGCCGAAUCUGAGCGGGCAGCCGAACAAUGUGCAGAUCACCGCCGUGACACUGCGCAGAGCAGACAGCAGCAAUGUGACUGCGAAUAUCCCAGAGAGCCAGCAGAUGGAGUCGGUGUGGGACUCGGGCAACCCGGGGUGGGAGAUUCCAGCGCCCGUCUUCGAGGCUGCCCUCGCGGCCCUGGGCAAUCCCGAUAAGAGGACGCUCGCGUAUGGUUAUGAAGUCGACUGCAAGUACCGCGCGGUCGAGUCCGAGGAUGUACUGGAGGUGACAUUCACGGAUGGCGUUGAGGUGGAAAUUUCCCUGGACAGGGUGGUGGGCGAGUAUGAUGGGACGCGCUGCAUCACGUACCUGGAGACGGGCGGCACGGGGGCCGGAUCCCUGGGAGAUGAAUUUCUGCGGAAUGUGUACACGACAUUUGACUAUGACGCAAAGACGAUUUCUUUCAGCAAGGUCAGGUACACAGCAAUGACCGACAUUCAGACGCUGUAG